AUGUAGUUCCGUAUGUUCCUAUCAGAGAAUAGUCUUUUGAACUAGUUCUUUCCCGAACGACACAACCCUGAUGAAGACCAAGUCGACGUAAUUUUUUUUUUUCUAAAUAAUUUUCAUCUUUCUAAGGAGUCAGCUAGAUAGCAAGAUUUGCAUUUCCUCACGCUACUAGGGAAAAAGUGCAACGAAAGCCACAGCCAGAUUCAUUACUGAGUCAUUUUUUCUGUAUUGGCUACACGGCUGAAUUGGACAGUACGUCUUACAUUGUCAACAUUGUCAAAGAUGUCGUCUUCGGCCAUAUAUGUGCUGGACGUGAAGGGUAAGGUCCUAAUAUCGCGGAACUACCGCGGUGACAAUAUGGACAUGGCUGUAAUUGACAAGUUUAUGCCAUUGCUGAUGGAAAAAGAGGAGGAGGGUAUGAUCACACCUAUACUACAAACCGCAGACUGCACCUUCGCAUACAUCAAGACCAAUAACUUGUAUAUCGUGUCGACAACACCACGCAACAAGAAUGUGAACAUUGCACUUGUGUUUGUGUUCCUGCACAAGAUCGCUCAGGUGUUUAUUGAGUAUUUCAAGGAGCUGGAAGAAGAGUCGAUCCGUGACAAUUUUGUAAUUAUCUACGAGCUGCUGGACGAACUAAUUGAUUUUGGCUAUCCACAAACUACUGACUCCAAAAUACUACAGGAAUAUAUUACCCAGGAGGGACAUAAAUUGGAAAUACAGCCACGCAUACCAGUGGCUGUAACAAAUGCAGUUUCAUGGCGUUCGGAGGGCAUUAAAUACCGAAAGAACGAAGUAUUUUUAGAUGUCAUCGAGUCUGUCAAUCUUUUGGCCAAUGCAAAUGGAAAUGUUUUACGCAGUGAAAUUGUUGGCGCCAUUAAGAUGAGAGUGUAUCUGUCUGGUAUGCCGGAACUAAGACUAGGCCUCAAUGACAAAGUCUUGUUUGAAAGUACAGGUAGAGGGAAAUCAAAGUCCGUCGAACUGGAGGAUGUGAAAUUCCACCAAUGCGUGCGUCUGUCGCGCUUUGAAAAUGAUAGAACGAUUUCGUUCAUACCACCUGAUGGGGAAUUUGAAUUGAUGUCCUACCGGCUCAAUACACACGUCAAACCCUUAAUUUGGAUUGAAUCCGUUAUUGAAAGGCAUGAACAUUCUCGCGUAGAAUACAUGAUCAAGGCUAAGUCCCAGUUUAAACGUCGUUCUACAGCCAACAACGUGGAAAUCAUUAUUCCAGUUCCAGCAGACGCCGAUUCACCAAAAUUCAAGACAACAAUUGGCAGCUGCAAAUAUGCUCCAGAGCAAAAUGCAGUUAUUUGGACGAUCAAGUCAUUCCCAGGCGGCAAGGAGUAUCUAAUGCGAGCCCACUUUGGAUUGCCAAGUGUAAAAAGUGAAGAUAGCUUGGAGGGCAAGCCUCCAAUCCAAGUCCAUUUCGAGAUACCAUACUUUACAACAUCGGGAAUACAAGUUCGUUACUUAAAAAUUAUCGAAAAGAGUGGCUACCAAGCAUUGCCAUGGGUUCGAUACAUAACUCAAAACGGAGACUACCAGUUGCGCACUAAUUAAUUGUUCUUUCAUUACUGUCUUUAAUUUUACACACACAUAAUCGGAUUUGUCUAUGUCCAAAAUAAUUUCAUUCCGAAGAACCUAUGUAUAUGUCGGUCAGUUACUAAAGCGAUGUUUGAUUUUCCUGGAACAGCAUGCCUAAUGAAAAAUGGUUAAAUUGUGGGAAAAGGUCGACGUAUACACUAUAGUCACACAGCUAUUCCAUUUUGAUAAUGUUUUUUUUUUUAAUUAGUUGGAGUAAGAGGGCUCACUAAAUUACUUAAGAUUUGUUAUAAUGUAUUUUCAUCCAAAUUGAUGUAAGAUAAAGUUUUCUGUCCGUCUAAUCAAUAAAUUAUAUAAACAUACAUAUUAUAUACACUUUAAA